GCCAAAACUGAAGUUUCAUUCGCCGUCCACGUAAGGCGGGAAUGUUUUAUAUUUUACAUAAAAAAAAAAAAAAACUGUAACUACAAUUCGAAAUAAAGAAAGUCAAUUUACAAAAACGAACCAAAAGAAGAAAAAAAACCCGCCAUAACUUUCGAAUACAAUUUUUUUUUUACUUAACGCGCGUCAUGUAAUUAAUAAAUCGUACAGCCUAAAUUCAAAAAGUUUUCUUUUGAAUAAAAAAUCAACUAAACAUGGAUCCGAACUGGACCCACGUUGGACUUCGGUCACCUAACCUCACGAACACUACAGUGAACCUUCAGGAGAACUUCGAGAUCGACUUAGAAGAUACAAACUGGAUUUUGACUUCGUCUUUCAUCAUCUUCACAAUGCAGACUGGUUUCGGCAUGUUGGAAUCCGGUUGCGUUUCCAUUAAGAACGAGGCCAACAUUAUGAUGAAGAAUAUGGCUGAUAUAUCGCUCGGGGGUCUCACCUACUGGAUAUUCGGUUACGGGCUCUCAUUCGGCGAGAGCUCCUACUCCAAUCCGUUCGUUGGUACUGGAGACUUCCUACUUGAUCCUCCAGUGGGAGACGCGCUGAUGGGUCCAGUGUUCGCUUCGUUUCUCUUCCAGCUGUCCUUCGCCACCACUGCGACUACUAUUGUCAGUGGCGCGAUGGCUGAACGGUGUAACUUCAAAGCGUACUGCGUUUUCUCGUUUCUAAACACGAUCGUGUACUGCGUCCCAGCCGGCUGGGUGUGGGGCUCGCAUGGCUUCCUCAACCAGCUCGGUGCUGUGGACAUCGCCGGCUCCGGCCCUGUGCACCUUGUGGGUGGAUCGUCAGCUUUUGCGUCAGCUUUGAUGCUGGGACCGAGACUGGGCAGGUAUGCCCGGGGCACGGACCCUUUACCCCUCGGCAACCCGGUCAACGCCGCCAUGGGAACGUUCGUGCUUUGGUGGGGAUGGUUGGCUUUCAACUCCGGCAGCACAUAUGGGGUGAGCGGUGCCAAGUGGCAGUACGCAGCGAGAGCGGCCGUCAUGACCAUGAUGGGUUCUUUCGGUGGUGGAUGCUUCGGUCUACUGUUCACGCUUAUCAAGAACAAAGGAAAAGCUGAGGUUAUGGAGCUGAUUAACAGCAUCCUCGGUUCUCUGGUGUCUAUAACAGCUGGCUGCUUCCUGUACCGCGCUUGGGAGUCUCUGCUGAUAGGAUUCAUUGGUGCCGGCGUGGCUUCGGCGAGCUCGAUGCUAUUCGACAGACUCCGGGUCGACGACCCCGUGGGAGCUUCGGCUGUCCACGGCGCUUGCGGAAUCUGGGGAGUCAUAGCAGUUGGUCUAUUUGCCGACAACCCUAUACCGAUGGAGACGACAAACGGGAGAUCCGGCUUGUUCAAAGGUGGCGGCUGGUACCUCCUGGGAGUGCAGAGCCUCACCGCCGUGUGCCUGGCCGCGUGGGGCGUGCUGGUCACCAUGCUGUUACUGUGGCUCAUAGACAGGGUCAUGCCUAUACGAAUGGACCCUUACAAUGAGUUGCUUGGGGCCGACCUUACUGAGCACAGGAUCAGGCAUGGACAGGUGGGAGUGUCUCGCGCUGUGUCAGCCCUGAGGCCGUUCCGCCGCUCAAGCAGCAUGGAGGAAGUCGGGACUAUCGGCAUCAACACCGGACACGGUCUGGUCGUCGAAAAAAUCCUCAAGGCGAACAAACGUAACGAGCUCGAUGGGAAGCCGCAAACCUACACGAACGAAGCGUUCGUCGCCGCAGACAGCGCCUCAACGUCGUACAAAAACAACGGACUCCUGAACAAGCGUCCCAAUGGCAACGGAGACCAGCUCCACCGCACUCUAGACUCUAUGAUCGAUGAGAUUAAUGGCGGGAAACGCGAAACGUCAAAAGGCGCGCGAAAAAACAAUGGCGUCCCGGUGAUACCAGACGAAAUAAAAGGAAAAAAAUUUAGGGAGUUAACGGUGACCGAACUGGAUGAGUUGGGCGAAAUUAAUGCCGCCCAGGAUAGGUUCCGGCGGAGAUUCGGCGAGGAGGAUUACAAGAGUGACGUUAUGAGGAGUGCAACGAUAACUCCUAAUGUGCGGUGGAUUGAUUGAAAUGUCUAUUUAAGUAUACUAGUGGUCCCCCAGUAAUCGAAAUUCGACUAUAAUUAAUUGAAACUAUAAGUUGGUGCACUGUUAUGAUUCUAUAGUCAAAGACUAUUAUACUUCUAUAAUCACAGUUUUUACCAAGACUACACUUUAGACAAAGAUUAAUAAAGAUGAGAAAUAUUAAUAAAUUUAAACAUUAUUAUGGUUCUAUUGUCGAAGACUAUUAUAUUUCUAUAAUGACAGAUUUUGCGAAGACUACAAUAUAGACAUUCUCAAUUUGACCACAGACAAAACAAUAACAAACGUUUGACAAUAAACAAAGAGUAUAAAUGCGUUGUGUCAAAUACAUGGUAGUGUGUAAUGUAUUUUAAUGCCUAAUUAAAAAAAUACGAACAUUCUGCACCCCUUCUCUAUAUUCUCUAUAAGUGUGGAAAAUGUCAUACUCCUCCGUCCGCGCAAUUUUCGUAAAAAGGGGUACAAAGUUUUUGCUUCACGUAUUAAUAUAUAGAUAUUUAAACUCCAUUCCUCAUUAGUGUGCUUAGUGCGUGUUUUCGUUAUCGAGAGCGUAAAAGUUGUUUGCCUACGUUUGCCGCUAGGGGCGCUGUUCCACCUCCAUACAAAUCUGAGUUAACUUUUACGCUAGCGAGAACGUUAAAAAACUCUCACUAAGCACACAGAAUAUUUGUAACUUUAUCGCAAGGCUUCACGUGUAGAGCGUCUUAGAAGCCCUCACAGUUAGGUCCUGUUACCAUCCUCCCCACUUCUGCCGCGGAGAAAUCAAGAUGCAGAGGAUCAUUAAAAACUGAGACCUCAUGCCUCAAGGUCACAAUACGCACCACUACCACCAGACGGUUCGGUCGUGGGCUCGUUCAGCCUACACAAUAAAUGGAAUGUUCUCGCAGAAAUUUGGCGGGUUUUUUUUCAUAGUACAGUAAGUAGGUAGGUAGUAGGGUGUGUCGUACCCAGCUCGCUUUCAAACACAGUGUGCAUAGCAGCAGUUAUUGGCAACCCAACAAAUUGGUAUAAAACCUAUAUAUAAAACCUUUUUUAUUGUUGUGGUUGUGGUUUUGACGUUAAUUUUGAAUUUUAAAAUGUCUUAAGAUUUGUCAUUCUCUUUUUUUUCGUGCUAUUUAUUGUACGCGAAUUAUAAAAUUUCCAAAAUAAAAAAAAUUAUACGUGCAAUCCUCGCGAGUUUAUUUAUAAAGUUCCUUGCUCGUCCUAAUCCUACAGUCCACAAUAGCAGCAAGUUCUUAAUUUGUAGCAAAUCUAUAUAUUAAUACGUGAAGCAAAAACUUUGUAUCCGUUUUUACGAAAAUUGCGCGGACGGAGGAGUAUGAAACUUUCCACACUUAUAGAGAAUAUAGAGAAGAAGUUCACAAUGCUAAUAUUUUUUUUAAAUAAUGCAUAAAAGAUACAUUAAAUCAAUAAAGAAAACAAUACACACACUACAUACCAUGUAUUCGACGCACACACGCAUGCAUACUAUUUAUUGUCAAAAUUUUGUUUCUGACGUCUGUUGUCAAAUUGAGAAUAGAUUAAAUAUUGUUUGUCUUUAUUAAUAUUUUUUUAUAGUGUAGACUUGGCGAAAUUUGUGAUUGUAGUAUGUGUACAAACUUAAAAUUCCAAUUAAUUAUAGUCGAAUUUCGACUACUGUGGGACCUUUAGUUUUAUAUAAUUAAAUGAAUAACCAACCAAAUAAAAUGUACUUAGAAUUAUUUCUAUGGCAUACAAACUAAUUCCAAAAAAUAUACA